AUGGCAUCGAUGAAGUUUGAUCUACCGCUGCUGGAUUAUAAGACGAGAUUUGCACUGUGGCAAGUCAAGAUGCGGGCGAUUCUGGCACAAUCUUCGGAUCUUGAUGAGGCGCUGGACGGUUUCGGAGAAAAAGGGCAGAAGUCAUGGACCGCUGAAGAGAAGCGGAAGGAUCGUAAGGCUCUGUCUCUGAUUCAAAUUCAUCUAUAUAAUGAUAUUUUGCAAGAAGUGCUGCAGGAGAAAACUACCGCAGAACUUUGGCUCAAGCUGGAAUCGAUCUAUAUGUCCAAGGAUCUAACCAGUAAGAUGCACGUGAAGAUGAAGUUGUUCACGCACAAGCUGCAAGAAGGUGGUUCGGUGAUGAACCACUUAUCGAUCUUUAAGGAGAUCGUUGCCGACCUAGUAUCGAUGGAGGUAAAAUAUGAUGAUGAAGAUUUAGCUCUUCUACUGUUAUGUUCACUGUCUACUUCGUUUGCAAAUUUUCGAGAUACCAUACUAUUAAGCCAUGAUGAACUAACUCUUGCGGUAGUAUAUGAGGCCCUCCAGACGAGGGAGAAGAUGAAAGGUACGGUUCAGUCUGAUGUGUCAUCCUCCAAGGGCGAAGUGUUGCAGGUUAGAGGCAGGCCCGAGCAGAAAACCUACAACAACAACAAUAAUCGAGAUAAGAGCAAGAAUGGUAAAGGCCGUUCUAAGUCCAGAGGCAGGGAUAAGUUCUGCAGGUAUUGUAAGAAAGAUACUAAUGUCAUUGAGGAUUGUUGGAAGCUACAGAAUAAGGAGAAAAGAAACGGUACGUAUAAACCAAAAAACAAAUCCGAUGGUGAUGGUAAGGCCUCUGUUGUCUCCGCUGUUGAUACUUCUGAUUCAGGAGACGUUCUGGUUGUUUUUGCUGGUUGUGUUGCUGGUCGUGAUGAAUGGAUACUUGAUUCUGCAUGCUCAUUUCAUAUAUGCUCUAACAGAGAUUGGUUCAAUUCUUACGAGUCUGUGCAGAGUGGAGAUGUCGUGCGUAUGGAAGAUAACAACCCACGUGAGAUUGUGGGCAUUGGUUCCAUUCAGAUCAAGUUUCAUGAUGGCAUGAUACGCACAUUGAAAGAUGUGAGACACAUACCAGGGAUGGCCAGAAAUCUUAUCUCCCUCAGCACACUUGAUGCCGAAGGAUACAGACACUCCGGUUCAGGUGGAGUGUGUAAGGUAUCAAAAGGUUCUCUUAUUCAUAUGAUAGGUGAUAUGAAUUCUGCAAAGUUAUAUGUUCUUAGAGGAAGUACUUUACAUGGUUCCAUCACUAUUGCUGUUGUUUCUAAUGAUGAACCAAGUAAAACUAAUCUCUGGCAUAUGCGUCUUGGGCAUAUGAGUGAACUUGGUAUGGCAGAAUUGAUUAAGAGAGACCUGCUGGAUGGCUGCACUGUGGGUAAGAUGAAGUUCUGUGAGCACUGUGUUUUUAGUAAGCACAAGAGGGUAAAAUUCAAUGCAUCUGUUCAUAUCACCAAAGGGAAGAAGGCAUUGUCAGGCACCACACCAUCCCGUACACUCCUCAGCAGAAUGUUGAGAGUUUUCAGUUGCACUGCUUAUGCUCAUGUUGAUAAUGGAAAGCUAGAACCUAGAGCCAUUAAGUGUCUGUUUUUUGGUUAUGGUUUUGGAGUUAAAGGAUAUAAGUUAUGGAAUCCUGAAACUAAAAAGACUUUCAUGAGCAGGAACGUUGUUUUCAAUGAAUCUGUUAUGUUUAACGACAGCUUGUCCACAGAUGUUUCACCAGUUGGUUCUGAUGAGGAGCAGGAACAUGUUAGCGUGCAGGUGGAGCACGUAGAUGAUAAGAAAACUGAAAUUGUUGAUAACAAUGUUCAUGAUAUCAUUCAGCACUCACCUCCUGUUUUGCAGCCUCAAAAUCAAUCUAUUGCAGAUCGUAGAACAAAGAGGAGUUGUGGACCUCGUCCACAUUUAAUUGAGGAAUGUGAUAUUGUUUAUUAUGCCUUUAGUUGUGCUGAACAGGUUGAGAACAUUCAUGAGCCGGCUACGUACACUGAAGCUGUUGUUUCUGAUGACCGCGAGAAGUGGAUUUCCGCUAUGCAAGAAGAGAUGCAGUCACUUGAGAAAAAUGGCACAUGGGAUGUUGUGCGCUUGCCUAAACAUAAGAAUGCCGUUCGUUGUAAAUGGAUCUUCAAGAGAAAGGAGGGUCUGUCUCCUAGUGAGCCUCCAAGAUUUAAGGCAAGGUACCUUCGUGGCAUAACAAAUGUCUGUUUGAAGUUUGGCAGGACUAAUAAGGGACUCAUUGGCUACGUGGAUUCAGAUUUUGCUGCUGAUUUGGAUAAGAGGAGAUCUCUUGCAGGUUAUGUGUUCACUAUUGGUGGUUGUGCUGUGAGUUGGAGGGCAACAUUGCAGCCUGUUGUUGCCCUGUCUACCACUGAAGCAGAAUACAUGGCUAUUGUUGAAGCAUAUAAAGAAUCAGUUUGGUUGAAAGGUUACUGCUAUGCAAGUUGA